CCGGUGGUGGCGGGGACAUCCCGCGUUUGAUAACUGCCCGGGUGCGUGGCGUAAUCACGGCUCACACCGGAUGUGUCGCAGUAGGAAGGAACACACAAAAAAAACGACACACUGCGAUGGACUGGAGCAGUAUCCCAGAGGCCCGCCUUUGCAGUCGGCGAGAGGAGAGGUCGUCACCAUGACAACGCCCUGGCCAUCCCCUGCCCCCUCAUCUGCGGCCAGGCUCCUCUUCCUCCUCCUCCUCCUCCUCCCCCUCCUCCCGGCGGCGUUCGCCCAGACCCAAGGGCCGGUCCCGAGCCAGGCACCGCCCCCCACCACGCACCCCUUAGCCCGGCCGGAGUGCAGCAGGAAGGAACACCCAAAGGUGUCCAUCCAAGCUCUCAGCCCGUGGAUCUCGUUUUUUUCCUACCUCGGUGUGAGAGACUACUCCCAGCUGACCCUUGACCUGACGAGGAAUGAGCUGAUCCUGGGCGCCAGAAACUACCUCUUCCGACUGGACCUGGGUAACAUGUCAUUAAUACAGAACCCGGAGCCGGCCCCUCUGUUGUCGGGGCCCCAGCUGAACAGGGGCCCGCUGAGGGCCUCCAGCGCUCCGCUGUUCUCAGGCUCCACCAACAAGUUGACCUUUGGAAUGGAGCCCGUGACCCCUACACCUGGGUCUUCCUCUCCCUCAGCGCCGGAACAACAGGGGAGGCGCUGGCUGUACUUACAGGGAGAAGGGCCCAAGAUGGAUCGCAGGCCGGCACGAACCUACAACAACAGCACCAAGCAGCUGAGACAGGGCCCCCGAUGGCACUUCAACCUCCACCUCCACCCCCACCCUUGA